UCUCUACUUUUUUUCUAUAUAAUAUGAAGACCCACUGGACUACUUUGGAUAUGCUUCUCUUGCUUUCUUUUCUCGUACUUUGAAAAUACAAAGAAGAGAAGAAGAUGGGUAGACCACCUUGUUGUGACAAGAUUGGUGUGAAAAAAGGGCCAUGGACUCCUGAAGAAGAUAUCAUUCUGGUUUCUUACAUUCAACAACAUGGUCCUGGCAAUUGGAGAGCUGUACCCACUAACACAGGGUUGCUUAGAUGCAGCAAGAGUUGCAGGCUUAGAUGGACUAAUUACCUAAGGCCAGGAAUCAAGAGAGGGAAUUUUACAGGACAUGAAGAGAAAAUUAUCAUCCAUCUCCAAGCCCUUUUAGGCAACAGAUGGGCUGCAAUAGCUUCCUACCUUCCAGAGAGAACAGACAAUGACAUUAAAAACUACUGGAAUACCCAUUUGAAGAAGAAGCUUAAGAAGAAUCAAGGUGGUCAUUCUAGAGAUGGAUCAUCAUCAUCAACAACAACAUCAUCAUUAACAAACCCAGAUUCAGUUUCUAGAGGACAAUGGGAGAGGAGGCUCCAAACUGAUAUUCAAAUGGCAAAGCAGGCUCUCAGUGAGGCCUUGUCCCCUGAAUUCAUCCAACAACCUGCAGGACAGGAACAUCAAGCAUCAACAUACAUUUCAAGCACAGAAAACAUAGCAAAGUUGCUUCAAGGGUGGAUGAAAGACCCACCAAAAUCAUCAAGCUCAAUUGUCACUGAUGAUCACCAAUAUUCACAGAAAAACAAGAAUCCCAAGACGAAUUAUACCAAGGAUGAGAAAAAUGAGAUGGAAUUAUCAGAGGCUUUUGAGUCAGCACUGUAUGGGUUUGAGUCUUUUGACUCUUCAAACUCUGAUCUUUCACAAUCUCAAUCUCCUGGUGAGGCCAGUAUUUUCCAAGAUGAAAGCAAGCCAAGUAUUAAUAAUUCCCAAGAACCAUUGUCAUUGCUAGAGAAGUGGCUUUUUGAUGAAGGAGCUGCUGCUUCACAAGGGAAAGAUUGCUUCAGUGAUAUUAAAUCUGAUGAGAAUAAUGUUAAAUCUUUUUUGGGGAAUUAGAUGAGAAUAAUGUUAGUGGCUUCAUUGAUGAUGAGUAGCACUAGAAUGGAAAUGUUUAUAUGAUGGAUCACAUGAUUAAUAUUUUUG